AUGACUUCAAACCACAACCCCCUCAACACCACCAACCAAUCCUCAACCUCCUUCAACCCAACAAUGCUAACCGGAUCCCAAACCUACAUGAAAUGGAGACGAGACCUCCACCUCAUCGCAGCGCAUCACGGCAUCUACACCCCACCACCCCAAAUAGACGACUACAUCACCAACAUCGACACCAUCCUCUCAUCCCCCAAAUACAAAGACAAAGACGACAAACCCCUCCUCAAAGACCUCCUACUCCAAUCCGUAGAAACCCAACUCGAACAAGACCUCAAAGCACAAGAAAAGAAGUCCGAAGACAAACUCAAAGCGAUGGCACUUCUAAUACUCCACGUCUCCCCCUCAAUCCGCUCUAUUCUCAGCGACUACACGGACCCCUACCAAGCAUUUCAGUAUCUCUCUACGAGAUACAAAAUGAAUAAUCCGCACAUCCUCCACAGGGAAAUCGCCAACCUAACUCUAGAUGACUGUUCCGAUCUGAAUGACUUCUUCGGCACUCUGGGGGAUAAAGUCCAGAAUUUACGAGAACUCAACCAUUCGUAUGAUGAUUGUGCUGUCCAGGCUAAGAUCAUGCGGUCGCUUACUCCAGAGUAUGAUGGGAUUAUCCGGGAGAUGAAUCUUGUUUAUAAUGGACCGAGACAGACGUGGCCGAGUCUUGAGGAAUUUAAGGAACGACUUCUGGAAGAAGAGGAGGAGAUUAUGGAGAGAAAGGUCGAGCAAGGAAGCUCCACUAGGGACAAGAAACGAAAGUGUCCAGUCUAG